UGUCGACUGUGAAAUUCGUGGUAGGCUUCGUUGUUGAUUGUGGAAUUCAGUAAACACUAUCAUUACGUGAAACGGAAACGACGAAAUUGUGUUUAUAGGUUGAAUUGAUACUGUGAAAGGUAAACGAUAUGUUUGAAGUCAUUUUGUAUGGGAAAUCGCUCGCAAUGACUGUUGUUACUGUACUAACUUUCGGACGUCAGGAAUCGUAACUCAGUGACGUAAAUAUUGGUCAGUCUUGACGGGAUAUCUAAGUUCGAAGUAUAUCUGGAUGAUACUAAUGACUCUAAAAUUUAAGUUAACAGCUUGAAUACAGAACGGAAGUGCUAUAAAAAAUCUUGUAAUAACCAACAUGGCAGUUUGACAGUACAGGAAGAAUUCUAUGAUACAUCAGGCAUUUGCGAUCAAAAUUCAGUUGUUAACAAUGUCGGUUUUAAACCAAAGUGGAGAAGAACAAGUAGAAUGCCCAUUGUGUAUGGAACCACUGGAAGUUGAUGACAUAAAUUUCUUCCCAUGCACAUGUGGCUACCAGAUCUGCCGAUUUUGUUGGCAUCGAAUCAGGACUGAUGAAAAUGGGCUGUGCCCAGCAUGUCGCAAAGCCUAUCCAGAGAAUCCUGCAGAUUUCAAACCUCUCACACAGGAAGAAGUACAGAAACUGAAAGCAGAGAAACGACAGAGAGAUCAACAACGAAAGCAGAAGAUAACUGAGAACAGAAAGCAUCUAGCAAAUGUCCGUGUAGUGCAAAAAAACUUAGUGUUCGUUGUUGGAUUACCAAUGAGACUUGCAGAUGCUGAGAUAUUGAAAAAGCAUGAAUAUUUUGGAAAGUUCGGGAAAAUUCACAAAGUUGUUAUUAACCAGAGCACUACAUACGCAGGCUCUCAGGGUCCUAGUGCAAGUGCAUAUGUAACGUACCAUAAAGCUGAUGAUGCCUUGAGGGCUAUUCAGGCAGUUAACAACAUUUCUGUAGAUGGUAGGACUAUAAAAACAUCAUUAGGCACUACAAAAUACUGCUCUCACUUUAUGAAGAAUCAGCCAUGCCCUAAACCAGACUGCAUGUACCUUCAUGAUUUAGGUGAUCCAGAAGCGAGCUUUACAAAAGAAGAAAUGCAGCAGGGGAAACAUCAAGAGUAUGAGAAAAAGCUACAUGAGCAGCUUCUGAAUGGCUACAACAAAGACAGGGUACUCUGGGAUCAGCUUCAUACUCAGUGGCACACAGAUCAGGAAAACUCAAGAGAUCCUAAGCUUCCACACGGGAAUAGAAGGAAAGGAAAAAAAAGAAGAAUGUUAGUCAUUAAUCAGCAUAACACUCGCUACAGACAGUCUCAAACUAAAAAAGGGCAGGUCGGUCCAGAUGUGGCCCGGUCUAGGCCAUGUUCCGGAAAACCGGGAUCCUCACCACCUCGUAGCACACAGAGUUCUGUAUGUGCAUCUUCAAAUUCUCCAUUGUCUUCAGGCUCUGCAUCUACAUCGUCCCAGUCACAAGUGAAUAAACAAGGCUGGCAACAUGCUUCUGCCAAUGUUGCAGGAAGCAACAGCCCAAUAUCAAGUGUCAGCAGUGGCUGCAGCAAUUCCAUGGGUCGAUCAACUGGUGGUGGAAACCAGAGACGUUCAAAGGAUUCUCACAAGAAAAGGCAUGCGCUACCUGAUGACAAAGGGAGACUGCGUGAUAAACUUCAGAAUGCAACUGGAGAGGAUCGCCAAAGCAAACCGACUCGUAGCAAGAUGAACUCGUCAAAUAGUGAACGCCCUGCCAAUGGUGUAUCUAAUGACCCAUCUCGAAAAUCAUCAGUAAAUUUCAAUCGCGCAUGUCGUACACGGUCCAAAGAAAGAAAUAGUGGUGGUGUGAGCUGUAGUUCAGCUAAUGAUGUGGCCAGUAAUUUGCCAGCAGGAAGGUUCCACAAGAAUUCUGGUAGAUUGCCUGCUGUGAGAGCUGCAGCCUUGUUUGAGCAAGAUAACAACUCUUUCUUUUCAUCGAAUACAUUCACCAAAGUGUCCACAACAGUUUCUGGCACAGGGGGUUCGGAUUGGUCCUCUAAUGGGCUUUCUGUGGCACACAUACCAGAUGUGCUGCCUCCGGUACACUCUUCAGAAGACUGGCAAGCAGCAUUUGGAUUUUCAAACCGGACAAAAGAAACCACAACUUCACAAGAUAAGUGUGUCCGUGAAGAUAGUAUGGAUGACGAUGAUGAUGAUGAGGAGGAGGAAGAGGAAGAAGAGGAGGAGGAGGAUGAAGAUGAGGAGGUGGAAGAUGAAGAGGAAGAAGAAGAAGAGGAGGAGGAGGAAGAGGAUGAGGAGGAGGAGGAGGGGGGUGAAAAUGGUGAAAGAUCAGUAAGAAUUGCUUCGGAACGAUUUAAAAAUGUGCAAGGGGGCUACAGAAUUAAUAAUAUUGAACAUAUUAUACGCAAAAUGCACAAGCUCCCUUUCAGUGAAGUAAAUGGUGUGGACAGCAGUGUUAUUGUUAACUGUGAAACUACAAAAAUUGCUUCAGGAAAUGGGUAUGUUUUCCACAAGGUGCUUUCUAAUGGGUUUGUUGAAGAUCCAACAGUAUACGUGAUAGGUAGCAGUCGUCAUGAAUUCUCAGGUCUCCAGAAUGGCUCGAUGCAACAUGUGCGUAAUGGAUUCUCUUCGAAGAGUGUAGACAAACGCUACCCCGAUAUUCACAGGAGGCGGGAACACCGUAAAGAAAAGCAAGGUUGUGUGUCUAAUAGUAACAGAGGAGUUGUGAAACAAUCUAGGAAGAACAAUCGUAGUGCUACGGUUAGUGAACUGCCACACCACAGUUGUGACACGAAUGAUUCUUCUUUGGAAGAUGAUCGUUUUUCAAGCUACGGUGGCUCGGAAAGACAGAGAAACGGUAAUGACUCUUCAGACAGCUGUGGGGAUGUAGAUAGAGAGGAUGAGUUUUGUGAAAGGGUCAAAGAAGAAAUCAGACAAGAAGACAAUAUACGUGCCCCAGAUGAUGAACUGGACUUCGAUCCUUUCCAUGAAACCCAGAAGGCCUUGGCUGAAAUGAUUGAGAAAGAGACAAUGAUGUUGUCUGUUAGGCAGCAGGAAAGUUGUGGGAAUGACCAAGUGCAGCACAUCCAUCUGAAACAGCAUCAGCGGCAACACCACCAACAGCAGCAUCACCACUACCAUCACCACCACCACCAUCACCACCAUCACCACCACCAUAGCCACCACCACCACCAGCAACAACAGCAGCAACGGCAACACCACCACCACCAACAACACCAGCAGCAGCAGCAGCAGCAACAACAACAACAACAUUACCAGCAUGGUGGACACAGUUUUCAUGGAUCAGCCAGUGCACAACAGCAGUUUCUGUAUGGAGGGAAGAUACUUCCACCAUACACUAAUGGUGCAAGUUCAUAUCUCCUUCAUAAUCAAAGGGUUUCACAAAAUUCUCCUGCUAGAAGUAACACCAAUGCAAGGCUGCCUCCUCCAGGCUUCUCAGCUGGACCCAAUCACAUGAAUGCCUUUGGUCUUGGGAUCCCUCGCGCUCCCACAACAUCAGGUAGCAAAAUUCUGCCAUUCAUGGGACUGAGUAAUAGCAGUGCCAAUGGUGGUGGCGGUGCCAGCAGUAGUAGCAGCAGCAGCAGCAGCAGCAGCAGCAGUAGCAGCAGCACAAGCACCACCAGCAGUGGUGGUGGUGGCAGCAAUGGUGGCAGUGGUGGUAGUGGUGGCAGCAGCACCACCACCACCACAACCACUACCACGACCACCACCACCACCACCACCAGCAGCAGUAGCAGCAGCAGCAGCAGCAGCAGCAGCACGUGCAACAGUGGCCAGGCAUCUGGUCCACCUGCUCCAGACAACUCUAACUCCUUUGGACUGGAGGACUGCUACAAUACACAUGAAUGGUCAGAACAUGGAAGUCCAUCACAUCCACCAGUUUUUCCUAGUGCCACAAAUUCAAAGAACAAUACUUCAAAAGGGUGGACGGGAUCAGAUUGGGAUGCUCUAGACCCUGCAAUAGUAACAUCAUCACGGCCAGGCAGUUCAAAUCAUGGUCAAUCAUGGGUGCAGAAUGUUCCUGUCUAUACUUCUGCUCCUCCACCUCCGCCUCUGCCUCCAGCCCCUUCGGACUGGAGCUCCAUGUCGCAGCCUGUACCUCCACCACCACCUGGGUUUGGGCACCGACAUGUCACAAGAAAUCCCAACAGCAAAUCACCACUGCAUGAGGUUUCAAAGAGUUGAAAGUUGAAAAUGGGCUGUGAGUACAACAAAGUGCAUACCAUUUGAGGUGCUGCUUUGGUAGCUGCUUGCAUAUAUCUAGGAACUGGAUUAUGAUUUUUGUUUUACAGUAUUUAUGCUUGUGUGCUGCUCAGGAUUACCAAGACUGUGUGUGAGAUCAAAAUGCACUAAUAUAUCAUUACAUAUUUUUAAAAAAAGCAAUAAUGUUUCCAGAGUUUAAAAGAAUUGUGUGUUGGCUUUCAUGUACUGACUAAGAAAAGACUGUUUUUGGGAGAAAGUUGAGAAAUUGAAAAAGUAACAUAAUAGCUCCUGUGAUUGAUUUUGUUAACUUUUGUGACCUUUACAAAAGUAAAAAAUGAAUUCCUCUCUCUCUCUCUCUCUCUCUCUCUCUCUCUCUCUCUCUGUCUGUGUGUGUGUGUGUGUGUGUGUGUGUGUGUGUGUGUGUGUGUGUGUGUGUGACAAACAGGAGUUUUCUUGAUACACCAUCUUGUUUCUGUGGCAUGGUACCACAUUGUCCAAUUGUUUCUUUUCUUUCUAUAUUUUUCUUACCAAGAAUGUUAAAAUUUUAAAAUAGUUUACCAAAGAACAACUCUUGCUUUGCCAGAUCACUUGGUGAAGUGCCUUAUUAAUCUAUGUACAUUUAUUCUGUUCUGAAUGAAAUAAAUGGGUAACUGCAACUGUUCCAUUUGUUUUUUGGCAUAUUUUCUUCAGUUAUAAAUUUUCUUUUGCUCAGAUAUUUUGAAGAGGCAUAUACUUUUUCCUUAAGUUAUUAAAUUUUAUUUUGCUCAGAUAUUUUGAAAGUGAUAUGUUAAUUAGCAGUGCAAGUUAUCUGACAGAAGUAGAUAUUAAGAAAGUGCACCAGUGUUAAUCGUACAUCAAGAAUUGUACAUGUCACAAAGAAACAGUGGAAAAGGCUAUUUACUUUUAUUUGAUACAGUGCUGUAAUGACUUGUUGGUGCUUCAUUGUAAUGCUGUGUAAGUAAUGACAGAAUGGAUUUGUUUCUGAUAUCAAACUUGCGACACACUAUUUUUUGGUACAUACUGUAACAGAAAUACGAAAUACUGUGAAUUUGUUGGUUAGCAGGAAAUUCAUGAUCUUAUUGGGCUCUGUUCCUUGUGAAAAUAAGAUUCUUGAAAUGUUGACUUUCUUUUCAGUUCUUCUAAAUAUCUGUUUUUACUUUGUACCGUAUGCUAAUUAAGGCCCUCAAAAUUAAAUUAAAUAUUUGUACACAUUGAAGAACUUCACAGAUUUGUAAAACUAAGUUUUACACCUCUCUCUGCAACUGCAGGCAGUUUCAGACACCUGUUCUGUUAUUCAAUGUACAAAGCAACUGUUUGAGUUAAUGUACAACUUUAAUAAAUUAAAUAAUUUCUAUAUGUUGAUAUAAUUUUGUUAUAAAAUCCUUUUGCACUGUUUCUAGUGAUAUUUUGUUUAUUUACAGCUUAUGCGUUAAGGUUGUUAAACAGUAUAGUCAUAACUGUGAGAGAGUGAUUACUGUCUUUUAUAGUUAAUUAAAGUGAUUUGUGCAACGUGAGGUUUAUUUUUAUAAUUGCCUAAACUGUGACAUCUUCCUGUGACUUUCGUCCUUUCUGUUACCACAUUCAUUCAACUUUGUUUGCAUAUUGUAUUUUGUAAUUUGGUAACUGGUGUUAUAUUGUGAUGUUUAUUGUGGUACAGAUUGUACUUAGUAACCUAGCAGUUUGAUUUGCUAUACCACAGUCAAAUUGCUCUUCACACAAAACUAAAUUAUAUAUAUGAUAAAACUUGAAUCUAAUUAUUGCAACUGUGCUGGUAAUUUUGUUUGAACUCUUUUUAAGUUCAGACAUUUAUUUGUAUACAGAUCAAACCUUUUUGUAUUUACCUGUAAAUAAUUAAUUUCCCCAUUGUAUAAGUGAAUUACAAAAUUGACAUGCAUGUUUUGCUUUGUUCUGUCAAUAAUUAUAACAUAUUUUCUGUGGCAGUAAUUAUUUUCAUGGUAUUUUCAAGAAUGCUCAGCAAAGAAAAUGAUGGUAUGUUCUUCACACCAUGUGUCUGAUUUUUGGGCUACUAAGCUAGCUAAAUUUCAUCUGUGGCCACUUUAAUUUUAAGUUACAUAGACUUUAGGUUUGUGCAACAUAAGAAAAUGAGACUCGCAAAACAAGUAGUAUUUUAUUGAUAAUUAAUGCUUUUUUUCCUUUUUUGUGUAAUAUUUGUGAUAGUUAUUUAGAAACAUAAAGGCAUAAUUAUAAUUGUUUUGAGUCAUUAACUGAGAGGAAAAUCACACAAUCUAGGUUCUGUUUUGCUUCAGUAAAAUGUAAGAAAUGAAUCUGAGCUAUUUUUGUUUUCCCGAGAGAUGAUUCAGGCUAACAACUUCAAAUUAUUUUACAUAGCCUCCUGUGUUUCCUUGACGUUUGUUGUAACCUUUUCCAUUAAUGUGAAUGUGUUUAUUAUAUACAUGAAAUUAUCAUAAGAAAAUGUUCACUUUUGCUGUAAAGAAAUGGAAAAAUCAUGGAUCACCUUGCAUAAGUGAAACUUUCAAUGCUUUCAAAUCGCAUCAUGUCUAACCACCAAAGUGUUUGCUUGUCAUUAGAGUUCUCAUAGAUCUGUGGCUUUCAUUAAGCAAGCCAGAGCAUUUUAAUACUGAUUCUCCUGAAGGUACGUAGACAAUUACAGCCUUUUUCCAGUAUCUUCAUUGCAGGUGCUCUCUGCAACAUUUGAAAUUUAGCUUUGUUCAAGACAUGUAACAGGUAAUUACUAUCCUGGAAUCAUUAUUGAUCUUCUUCCCUUUUCCAUCAAACUAACAGUAUGCUCACAAUGGCAGCAUUUGCAAACAAUGUCAACAUUAGUUAUGCAAUACAUUACUAGUAAAAUCCAUUGUGUAUCCCUGUACUACAGAGUGUAGUAUAGAUAAGUGUUUCCAGGUCUUCUGUUUGCCUUGCUUGCUAUUGCUAUACUUACUUUAAUCGAUAGCCAUUCUAAAACUGGUAGUACUUUACCAUAUUUUAAGAAUUCCCAGACGGCACUAUUAGCUUCAAAUAAAAAUGAUCAUUUGAACCUACUUGACUGUUGUUUCCAAAGUUUUUACUUGGGAGUUUAUUGCCAACAGUGAACCUGACCAUUCAAUUCUACUUUCAGCGAACAGAAAGGGUAUAACUGUCAUUCUUCGUGUCUACCCCAUAUCUUAGUUAUAAAUGUGUGUGUGCUUUCCUGAGAUCCCCUGUGCCAGUAGCUGUGGUAGAUAAUUAUGUUUUAAAUAAAACAAGAUCUGGGACUGUGCAUUCACAGUAGUUCCUUACAUUUCUAAGAAUUAGCAUAUUUUCCUUUCCUAGCACAAUAAUUUCAUAUCUUUCCAAUUGUUGAUCAUGAUUACUUAACUGUAGUUAUGAUCUAUGUCACUAUGGAUACUGUAGGUGAUAAUUUUCUUUGCAAUUAGCUGUCACCAAAGUAACUUAUCCAUACUUUUAUGUGAUUACAAAGUCUGGAGGUUAGUUAUACAAAUAUUUAAUUAAUGCACUUGAACUUCUCCAAUUAAAAGGAUAUGUAUAAAAUCAAUUUGAGCCUAAUGAUCCUAAUGCUUUCAAUAUAAAAGGAAAUCCCUCACUUCAGUCAAUACCUGGGCCAUUGUUCUAAUAUAUACCAUAUUACACUUAACAUUGUGCUAUGAUUCAUAUUGAAUUUCACUGGCUGUGUGUACCCAGUAUUGCUACUUUUAUAAAGUGAAAUCAGUUUUGGACAUUUAAUUAAGAAUUUUUUGAUGGUUCAUCAUCAAUAACUUUUACUUUUAUAUUUACCUACAAGAGAUUGCAGAUGCAUUGAACCACUUAAAACCAAAGUGACAUCAAAGGUUCUGAAAGUGAUUUCAUUUGGAAGAAGCAUUCUUUGAAGAAUCACACAUUCAGCCCAAAGUGCUUGACUUCAAGGAAGGUUGUUUGGUUCAGAGGAGAAGUAUCGUUUAAAGCACUGUAGUUGUUGGAGCCUUGCCUGUGGUGCACAGAAAGAUAUUAGUGUAUGAACUGUAUUGCUCAGGCUCUUCAAAGAAAUUGCUAAAUGUCUGUACAGUGAUUUUUGUAUUCAUCUACAGCAGCAACAUUUAAUGUAGCCCUCCAAUUUCAAUGUUGUGUGUUCAUGUUACACACUUCACUGUAAAAAGCUGGUAUCCUUUCCAGAUCAUGCAGAAGCUAUUACUGCUUUAAAACCAUCUUCAUUUAUAGUCUCUCAAAUAAGGUGUCAUGAUUUUGCCAUUUCCUUAAUCAAAAUUGUAAAUAAUAACUCAUGGGUAUAACUAUGUCUUCGAUAAUUUUGUAAGUAAUUACGUGGCGGACAUUUUUUUUUUUAACAUUCUCUCACUUUCAGCACUUGAGCAGACUUUGUGCAAAAAUGAAGUGUUUAAUGGAGUAAUGAAUCUUGUUUGUAACUCUAGUGAGAACUAUGGCUGAAUGAAACAGUAACUAAAGUAUCUUGGCUUUGAAAGCCAAGAAUUGCUUGGUCGGGGAAGUGAGAGAUGUUUUAUUAAACUUGAACAAGCUGAUACAAGUAAAGAAAGUCAGAGAUGGCAAGCUGUUAUGUUUGUGUUUUGUGUUAAUUAUUUGAAAUAUUAAUUAAUUAGAGCACAAACAUAUACUGCACAGGUUACAAUGUUGUUUGUUUCUUUGCAUUUUGGGUAUUUUACUUGGCAUUAUUUUGAGCUCUGUUGUAUAUUCUUUGUGAUGUUAUGUAUUGUUUGUGACUGUUCAAUGAGGCAGGUCCUAUCACAGAAGAAAAUGUAUGUAAUAAUGGCUAAUUUUUGAAAAUAUAAGAGACAUUUAUGCUGCAAAAAUGUACUUCCUGAAUUCUUACUCAGCCAACACUGGCUAUGGUUAUGAUAUUUUGAUGUGGAGCAUAGCAAAUGCUUAAAAACUAUUUACUUAAUCAAUACUUUGUUUACAUCUAUGUACAGCAAAAACCUUUCAUGGUUGCAUUUUUUUCUUUGCAAACAGUUAGUGUAUUGUUUAAUUCUGAACUAUUUUGAAGUAACAACCAACAUUUCUCAUUAAAUAUCACUUUACGUGUUUGGGGGCUGUGAAAUAGACAGUCUGUUUUCGUGUGUGUAAGGGUGUGUGUGGGGGGGGGGGGGGGGGGGGGGGGCACGUGCAUGUGAACAAGUAUAAUUCAGUUUUCAAUUCCAGAUUAUUUAGUUUUCAAAUAUAUGCAUUCAUUUGGAACAAAUUGAAAAUAAUGUGCUACACUUUAAAAUGUCAUGAUACCCAGUUUCUUAUGACAGUGAGCAUUAUAGGUAAUUUCAGAACUAGGGUUUUGAAACGCAGUUAGUUAGUAAAUCUAUAGCUCUUCAUUUCCUGUUCAAACUCAGUGGUAUAGUUCAGUGAAGAAUUUAAAACUCCAAUUUUUAUUUAAAACAUUCUCAGUGUCUUGUCAUGCAAUAAAAAUUUCCUACAUGAAAUUGUAAUUGGUGCACUUAUCAUUUAUUGACUUUCUUAUCAAAAGUGCAAUUUAAGAACAAAAAUAUUUACAUCUUUGAACACUAAUAAUAAGUAACAUCAGAUGUAAAGUAGUGUUCGCAAACUACUACCAAUUCAUUCAUUCUUUGACUGUGCAUAUAAUAAACUGCUUUAUGAAACCUUCUUUGUUAUAGUUAAGGUUUUGAGCACUUCAUGCACGGGCUGUACAUAGCAUACCUGAAAGGACUAAAUGUGCUUUAAAAAUUGUGAAUUGAUAACAGAUGAUCUGCAUACAUUCCCUCAUUCUCUGCCCCCCCCCCCCCCCCCCCCCCCACACACACACACACACACACACACACACACACACACACACGAUUUAGCUUAAAACACAGUAGUUCAUGAGCCACAGAUUUCAUAAAAUGAAGAGGAACAUAAAUAGCUCAGCAUAAAUAGUUACAUUAUCUUGAUGUGGUUAAGACAUACACUACAAAUGUUUACAAAUUCCUCUCUUGCUAGUACCUCUCCACCCCAAACUUGGUUUUGCCCUAUUAUUUCCUCUUAAGGCUUUAAGCUUAAAUUUGCUUUAUAUAGUGGCACUUUAUACAUAUUCCUCGUUCCGAAAGGAAUAUUGUCUGUUCCUUUAUUUUAAAUUAUCUCUGCAGAGAAAUAUGGAUUGGCACCAUGCCAUUUAAUAUUUCAAGCAUUGUUAUUUUCUCUCUCUCUCUCUCUCUCUCUCUCUAUCUCUCUCUGUCUGUCUCUCAGCUACACAUACACGUCUUCCACUCUGUUUUAUACAUUUACUUUUUUUUUUCUGAGAAGGAAGUUCUUCUAGAGUGUGUUAAACAUUAAGCUCUUAAAGGUACAGCAACUUGGAUAUGAUCAUUGAACAGCUUGUUGGGCAUUCUUUGCAAUAUAAUUGCCUAUACAAGUAUUUUUUUGUUGUUAGCUGUUAUUAUUACACUUUCAAAUCACAAGUUGUGACAUAAUUGCAGCGAAAUCCACAGUGAUCAAGGAAGGUAUUUAUAUAUUUAUCCCAGUUACAGUUCACAAAAAUUUUAUACCAGCUUAUUAGUUUGUGACUAAUGACCAUUUUCAGAUCUCAGUACACACACUUUUCUAAUCAGAUCAUGUCAGUGUAUGUAAAAAUGCCACAGUGAAAUUAAUAGCUAAAAUAAGUUUUGCCAAUUUUAUAUAAAAUCUAAGUACCGCAUACAUAGUUCUAGCAGGAUAUGUUGACUCUACAAAGCAUCUUACAUUUUAUAUAAAUAUGACUAAGCUUGUCUUGCUUAUUAGUUUUACUGCACCAUUUUUACAUAUACUGACACUUUGUGAUUAAAAAAAAUGUGUGCAUGCAGGUCCGAAGAUGGUCAUUACUGACCAAAAUUAAUAACUGCUAUAAAAAUUUGUGAUCCAUAACUGGAAUACAGAUAUGAACACUUUCAAAUGGUAUUGACAUUUUAUUUUAUGUAGAAAGUUCCUAAAGUAGCAAAAGUUAUUCAUGGUGCAAUCAUUAUUUUAUUCUGCAGUAUUUUUGAAUAUAAAUUUAAAGAUUCCUUUUUGAGUUCAUAAGAUGCAAACUGAACAAAGAAUUGUGCAGCUGCUACAUGGCACAAAAAUUGUUUGAGGAUCUUGUGAUAAAAGGACAGCCAUCAUUAAACUGGAGAUGGGAUGUUUUAUUCCUGUUACCUUGACUCUGUUAUUUGUGUCAAGUUAUUUCUACUGUGGGAACUUCACUAAUUCAAAAUAGUAAUAAAAAUUUAAAUGACUAGGCUUGGUAUUGUUAGUUUAUUAUUAUUAUUAUUAUUAUUAUCAUCAUCAUCAAAAUCAUCAUCAUCAUGUUGCAGCUCUUUUCAUUUGUAUUUAAAAUUUGUGUUAGUGUUGUUUUGUAUAUUGUGAAUCCAUGAUUUCCUCAAAAAUAAUUUAUUAUAAUAAUAAUAAUAAUAAAAUUAUUAUUAUUAAUGUUUUAAGACAUAUAAGAACCAUAUACUGAGACAGUCUUUGAUAAAUAUUUAUGUACGUACAUAUAUGUAUACAUUUCUUGCAACUGUUAUGAGUUGGUGCUGGUAUCAGUUAAUCACUUCCAUUUAAAUUUGGAAGCUUCAAAAUAACUUUGCAUUUAGUAAAAGACAAAAAAAAAUGUGAAACAACAGUAUUUAGUUUGGCUUUUUAUGUUUCAUAUGUUCAUACUGUCUGUGUGUGUGUGUGUCUGAUUUCAUUACUAUGAAGUAAUGAUCCUUGAAUCAAUUUUGUGGAAGCCACCACAUGAGAAAAACAGUUUAUAACUUGGUUACAAUCAUACUGCCCAUGACAACUGUCGCCUAUUCUAAACUUUAAUGGAAAUGUGCAAAAGCAGGAACUUGUCUUGCACCACGGAGUGAAUAAACAGAGUUAUUUGAAUCA